AUGAAGCCCGAAGUCGAGCAGGAGCUGGCUCACACCCUGCUCGUCGAGCUCCUCGCAUACCAGUUUGCCUCGCCCGUGCGGUGGAUCGAGACCCAGGAUGUCAUUUUGGCUGAGAAGAGGACGGAGCGAAUUGUUGAGAUUGGUCCGGCUGACACGCUAGGUGGAAUGGCCCGGAGGACCCUCGCAUCGAAAUAUGAAGCCUACGAUGCCGCCACGUCCGUCCAGCGCCAGAUCCUCUGUUAUAACAAGGAUGCAAAGGAGAUAUACUACGAUGUCGAUCCAGUCGAGGAUGAACCUGCUCCAGCCCCUGAAGCUGCCGCUACCGGGGCUACUAGUGCCCCUGCGGCUCCCGCUCCAGGCCCUGCAGCUGUGGAGGAUGCCCCUGCCACUGCAAUUGAGAUUGUGAGAUCGCUUAUUGCGCAGAAAUUGAAAAAGGGACUGGCAGAUGUUCCCCCUAGCAAAGCAAUUAAAGAUCUAGUAGGAGGAAAAUCCACAUUACAAAAUGAAAUUUUGGGCGACCUUGGAAAGGAGUUUGGUUCUACGCCCGAACGGCCUGAAGAUACCCCUCUCGACGAACUCUCUUCCUCUCUCCAGGCCACUUUCAAUGGCCAGCUUGGAAAACAAUCCUCAUCUCUUAUUGCGCGACUGGUUUCUUCCAAGAUGCCGGGUGGUUUCAAUAUUACCGCUGUCCGCAAGUAUUUAGAAUCUCGCUGGGGUCUAGGUCCUGGUCGACAAGAUGGUGUUCUCCUCUUUGCGCUCACCAUGGAGCCCGCGUCCCGUAUUGGCUCCGAGUCUGAUGCGAAAGCCUACUUUGACGACAUUACGAAUAAAUAUGCUACUAAUGCUGGAAUAACACUGUCUACGGCCAAGGCUGGAGGUGACAGCGGUGGCGGCUCAGGAGGCAUGAUGAUGGACCCUGCCGCCAUUGAUGCCCUCACCAAAGACCAGAGAGCUCUCUUCAAGCAACAACUAGAAGCCAUUGCAAGAUACCUUAAGAUGGACCUCCGCGCUGGAGACAAGGCCUUUGUUGCCUCUCAGGAGUCCCAGGCCGCUCUCCAGGCCCAGCUUGACCUCUGGCAGAUAGAGCAUGGUGAA